AAAUGAGUGAGUAAAAGAUGGGCAGGGAGGUAUAAAGAGAGGGAGGGAAUAAUAUAAGAGAGGCAGCGACAGAGGAAGAGGUGACAGAGUAGAUUACCCUCCUCUCCUCUCCUUUCCUCUCCUCCUCUCUGUCAGCCUCAUCAUGUUCAUGCUGCAGAUGUUGACUGUUAUCGCUCUGACUCUUAUUCUCCUGGCAUCUGUGAAAGGUAACGGUGUGCAAAUGCAGAGAGAUGUGCAGUGCUGCAUGUUGUACUCCCAGGGUAAGGUGCGUACCAAAGAUGUGCUGCGGUUUGAGGUGCAGACAGAAGGGCCUGACUGCAGCAUUCAAGCCAUCAUUCUUUACACAAAGAAAGCAGUGAAAUGUGCAGACCCCAGAGACCGGAAGGUGAAGAGGUUGCUGAGAAAACUCAUACAGAGGCAGAGAAACAAGGCCCGCCAAACCAUGUGGAUUCUUCCUCAUGACAACCUGCCUGUCAUGUCAGAGGACGAGAAAUAUAACUGGGAAGUUCUCAAUAAGGAGUGAUGGACUGCCAUCAAACAUGGAGGAAAUCUCAUAGUCAUAAGCCAAGUAAACUUUCAGCAACUCGUCAUCUUUAUGUGGCGAAGCUUGUUGAAUCUCCAGUUGUCUUGUGUCUCUCUUUAUCUACACUAUCUGUCUCCCUGGGACCAGACCUGGGCAGCAAUACGUACAUAAAUGGCUUUAGAUAUUUAAACAUGAACUGUGCUUGAAAUAUUCCCAAACACGUGGCUGGAGCAGUCACAUCAGAGGAGUAUUUACUUGUAAGAUAAGCUGAAUUGAUUUUUUUUUUUAAUGGCUCAUACUGUUAUUUGCCGGAGUCUCUGCAACUAAAUAACUACUCAUGGCUGAUGUGAAAUCAGUGAAAAAGUUGUAAUUUAACAAACAAUAACAGAGCAGUGAUAUUAAUAUUGUAUAUCAGCAAGAUCCUCUGUGCUUAUUUGUGAUUUGUUUACCUUCAAUAAUGUAUAAGGACAUUUCACACAGUAAAGUCGAUGGGGUUUUAUGAGUGUUCAGGAUAUUGGGGAACAUCGCUUAAUUUGCACCUUGUUCUGUACAGCCUUGGUGUUAGUUGUCUUAAAGUUUAAAACCCCUUGUUCAAGCUUUGGCUUCCUGUAUCUGACUGUUAGAUGGGUGAAAUCAAAGUGGAAUCAGAGUGGGAUCACCUGGAUUCAACUUUCUGUCACAUAAAGAGCAAAUGUUUCUGAUAUUGUGAACACUCGGUAUAUUGACUGUUUGAAUACUCAGUAGAAAACCUGAGUCAGUCUUUCAACAUCAGGCUCUCGGUCACUGAGGUUUAAAUAUCUAUCUGCAGUUUAUAUUUGUCUUUUUCACAAAUAGUCCAUCACGAAACUAUGCCAAAGUAUUCAUAAUUCAGUUCACCACAUGGCAAGGCUGUUAUAAUUUAGAGGGCUCAACUGUGUGUGAAACACGCAAGUAUUGUAUUGAGAAGAAUGCACUGUAUGUUGAAACACAGUAUCUCAAGUGGACUAUUUUAUAAAUUAAUCUG